AUGUCUUCAGGGCUUCCAUCGGAUGAAGUCGCCGAGGACUACAAAAAUUCCCUUGAAGAUCUAACAACCAAUGACAGGUUCCAGAUCAGCAAUUUAACUGUCAUAGCUAAGGAGAAUACAGAACAUGCCAUGGCUAUCUCACGAGUCCUGGAGAAUCAUAUCCGAACGACCCCGCCUGCGCAGAAACUUCCAGCCCUCUAUGUAGUCGACAGUGUUGUGAAGAAUGUAGGAACACCCUACACUUUAUUUUUGGGCCGAAAUCUCUAUCAGACUUUCAUGAAUGCAUAUACAUUGGUUGAUCAGCAAACGAGACGGAAGUUAGAUGAGAUGCUGAGGACUUGGAAAGAGCCCGUACCUGGUUCUUUAGACCCUCGGCCUGUUUUUCCAACUGAGAUCACCAGAGGCAUUGAGAACGCGCUCAUCAAGGCGCGAACUGCUGCUCUCCAACAACAGCAGCGAAGUCAGCCACCAGAUGUCCUUGGUCGCGGACGCGGUACUACAACACCGCCUAGUUGGACACAUACUCCAACUCCACCGCAAGCUGCAAAUCCUCGAUAUCCACCUACAGCUAGGACAGGUUCUCCAUCUCCCUAUGGACCGAAUGGAGAAGCGUAUCCAGGCAGACAUUCGCACACACCCCAACCAUCUCAGGAUGUCGACUUGGGCACAUUACAUCGGGACAUUGAAAAUCUGAUUCUAAGUGCGCGGUCUGACUUCGCUACCAAUCCUCUUGACUUUGCAAUUCAGGAACGUCUCAAGGCUUUGUUGGACCUUCAAGGAAUUUUACAACGUCAGCAACUUCCUCCAGAGCAGCUAAGGCUUGUUCGAGACCGUGUAUCAACUCUAGCACCAUCGUCAAAGCCCAUAUUUCAACCAGCACCCAAUCUUCCUACCGUCCCUCCUUAUACCAAUUCUCCUGUCCCACCUCCAACUGUUUCAAUUCCGCCUUCACAACCUAUUCAACAAUCUAUGCCUCAGCCAAACUUAGCAGCAUUACUUAACCCUGGAACCCUUGCAAAUUUGCUCAAAACAACAGCAAAUCGCCAACAGCCUACCCCACCACCAGUAGUUUCUGGUCUUCUUUCUCAAGCACAACCUGCCAGCACCCCACAACCUGCAUCCGCCACACAUGCUCCAUCAGAAAACCCUCUUAUUGCAUCUUUGAGGGCUCGUGGCCUUCUUCCCCCUGUCCCAAUAACAGGGACUCCACCUUCAACUACUUCCUUCAAUCUCCCUUUUAUUGUCCCCGGACAGGUUACAUAUACUCCUCCAGUUCCCACGCCACAAAACGCUACCGAUGUCAAUAUAAACGUGCAUUUAAGUACGGCUUCUAUCAAAAUUCCUCGACCAGUUCUUAUCAACAGUCUUUACGAUGCGAAGAGUAACAAAUGCGGCACUUGUGGCCGCCGCUUCCCCACCACCGAUGAAGGAAAGACACAGAAAGCCCGCCAUUUAGAUUGGCAUUUUAAGACAAAUCAGCGAAUGACUGAGGCUACAAGACGUGGACAGAAUAGGAGUUGGUAUGUGGAUGAAAGGGACUGGAUUAAAUCGAGAGAGUUCGAUGACGACAGCGGCCUUGAUGGCAAUGGACCUGGCGGUAGUAGCUCAACAGCUGAGGAAGAUGCUGCAAAGAAGCAGCCUCAGAAGCAGUGGCUCCGCGCGCCGAAUGAUGUGACUCUACGCAAUGCUCCGUGUCCUAUCUGCCAGGAGAAAUUCGAGUCAACAUGGUCGGAAGAUGUACAGGAUUGGAUUUGGCAAGAUGCGAUUAAAGUGAACAAUCGCGUGUACCACGCCAGUUGCUAUGCUGAGGUCACUAAAGAAGCUCCUGCCAGCCGUACCGAGACGUCUUCAGGACGUACCGGCACCCCCGAUUCUAUUUUGGGGAAGCGAAAGGCUGAGGACACGGAUUCACCUGAGCAAAAAGUGCGGAUCAAGACAGAGCCAUCAUGA